UUUUUGAAUAUGGGUUGUGGUGCCUCAAGUGAUAAGAAAGAUAAGGAUAAGAAAAUGAAGAAGGAUAAGGAUAAAAAGAAAGGAUCUGAAACUAAGAAUGAUGAUAAGCAUAAGGAUGGCUUUGUAGAAACUAAGAAGGAUGAUAAACAUAAAGAAAAGAGCAAAGAGAAGAGUAAAGAGAAGAGUAGAGAGAAGAGCAAAGAGAAGAGCAAAGAUAGUGAUAAAAUGAAGAAAGAUAAAAGUGGCAAGAAGGAUAAAAAAGACAAGAAAGACAAAGAUAAAGGCCAUGGAAAGAAGAUCAAAUCUGGCGCUCACUCCUCAUCCAGCUCUGAUAGCUCGAGCGAUAGUUCAGAGUCUUCAAGCUCUUCGAGCAGCUCUCACAGCUCCAGGUCUAUCAAGGGCGCUAAGAAGUAAAGUGUAGUAAUCAUCCUCUAAACUUUCCCAGUAUCAACCCACUUUUUACCAAAAU